AUGUAUCUGCUGGCAUUUAGAUUUACGACGAUUGACCCCCAGCGUGCUAUCGGCUAUUUACAAGUAGACUGCGCGUGUAGUCGAUACAACCUACAAGACCGAUGCAAACCAAAUUACGGCGGAUGCCAUGAGGGCCGCAGAUCGGUGCCAAUUGAACUUCUAGACGUCGCAGGUCUUGUGCCAGGAGCUCAUGAAGGGAAGGGCCUUGGAAAUAAAUUUUUGGACGAUUUAAGACAUGCGGACGCUUUGAUACAUGUGGUUGAUGUCAGUGGAACAACUGAUGCGGAAGGAAAGGUCACGAGAGGAUAUGACCCGUCCCAAGAUAUCGUUUGGUUAAAAUCUGAGAUUGUUAGAUGGAUAGAAGGGAAUCUAAGGGAUAGAUGGGGUUCUAUUCGAAGAAGGCAUAUCGCAACCAAAUCCACUGCUGUCGAGACUCUGCAAUCACAGCUUUCAGGAUAUGGAAGUACUUCGAAAAUUGUGGCCAGGUGCCUCGACCGGAUAAAUUUGAAGGAACCGCUAGAAGAAUGGUCAAAUGAGACUGUUUCGAAUGUUGUCGUUUCAUUUAUAGACGAAAAGUUUCCAACAGUUAUCGCCUUGAAUAAAAUCGACCACCCAGAUUCAGAUAAGAACAUUAGCAAAAUCGCUAAACAGGAGGACCCUCAAUCUAUUGUUCUAUGUUCGGCAAUCUCGGAAGUGUUCCUACGGAAAUUAACGAAGCAGGGCUAUAUUAAAUAUAUGGAAGGGAGCGAAUUUGUCGAUACGAGGGAAGACCUUAUAGAAAUGGGUGACCCUGAGGGCGGGGGCCUAAAGGAAAUGGACGAAAAAUUAAAGAACCGUGUUGAGAACCUGAAAGAUCUUGUUCUGUAUCGAUUCGGAUCUACUGGAGUUGUACAGGUACUUUCCCGUGCUGCCGAACUACUAGGGCUGGUUCCAAUAUUCCCAGUACGGAAUGUCCAUACCUUUUCGUCUGGCACAACUGGCAACGCCGUGUUUAGAGAUUGUGUUCUAGUCAGCAAAAAUAGUACAGUGGGAGACGUAGCUAGGAAGGUUAUGGGAGACGUCCCCAUCGCAUUUGUAGAAGGCGCCGAGGGGACGAGAAUUUCUGAAGAUGAGAUCGUCUCCGUGGGGAAAUAUGAUGUGAGUGCCUUGAAUAACAAUAUUGAGAAGGAUGCAACCAAGGCUAAUGUCUUCCACCAGAUACUCUCCUUCAAAGUUGGCAGAUGA